GCCUCUCACCGCGCCUUGGAUGCCGAGUGACCAGCAGCACUGAGCGGAGAAACCGUCCAGAGUGAUACCGCCGUCAGCACAUCAGCACAGCAGAAAAUAAAACCCAAAACGAUGACCUUCUUACAGAUACGACAGAAGCAAACAAUUAUUUGACAACUUCCGACCCCGCACCUUGCCUUCGCCGCUCCUCGCUGUAAGUGACCCGCUCCAACUUUCCACCCACCUCCCCCCUGCCCCCAGCCCAUCCGCCCUCCAGUCCUAGCGGGACCAUGAUGCUCAGCAGCUCCGUGGAGGUGCCCAGCCCGGGUGGGAUGAGCGGCCUUAGCGGUCUGAGUGCGGCGGCCCGGAACGUAGUGCGCUCCUCCAGCAUCUCGGGGGCCAUGUACAACCUGGAGAAGAGUCCCAGCAGUGGGGGCCCAGACUCCGCAUCACUGGCUGGCAACAAGAAGCGGCGCUCCAGUCUGGGCGCCAAGAUGGUGGCCAUUGUGGGGUUGUCGCAGUGGAGCAAGAGCACGCAGCAGCUCAACCAGCAAGACGGCGGGACGAAGAAGCUUCGCAGCACCAUCCGACGGAGCACAGAGACCGGCAUCGCCGUUGAAAUGAGGAACCGGGUGACACGGCAGGGCAGCAAGGAGUCAACUGACGGCAGCACCAACUCAAACAGCUCUGAUGGAACGUUUGUCUUCCCUACUACACGCCUGGGGCCUGAGAGCCAGUUCAGCGACUUUCUGGAUGGACUAGGCCCUGCUCAGAUCGUUGGCCGGCAAACACUAGCAACACCCUCCAUGGGGGAUGUCCAUGUAGGCAUGGUAGACAGAGGAGGGCAGUUGGAGGUGGAGGUCAACCAGGCCAGAGGGUUGACCCCCAAACCGGGCUCCAAGAACAUACCAGCGACGUACGUGAAGGUGUAUGUCCUGGAGAAUGGUGUGUGCUUGGCCAAGAAGAAAACCAAAGUAGUGAAGAAGAAUCUGGACCCCACCUACCAGCAGGCUUUGUUGUUUGAUGAAAGUCCUCAGGGCAAAGUCCUACAGGUAAUAGUGUGGGGGGAUUACGGGCGUAUGGACCACAAGUGCUUCAUGGGAAUGGCCCAGAUCCUUCUGGAGGACUUGGAUCUGUCUGCCACAGUCAGCGGCUGGUACAAGCUGUUCCCUACCUCCUCUCUGGCAGAUCCCAGCAUCGGACCCCUCACCAGACGCCUCUCCCAGUCCUCCCUGGAAAGCGCCACCAGCCCCUCGUGCACCUAGACACCCAGUAGACACCCACAUGCACGUUCACAGGCAGAGUCAUGCAGACAUGGACACACGUACUGUAUAUACACAACGACUGUAUUUGAAGUGCAAGACAGGUAGACAUACACACACACACAUACCCAUCUGGGCAGGAAUAUGCAUUUGACAUGUAGGUAUAAAUACCUGAUCUCAUCCACAUGACAACACGUACUGACACGCUGCCACAUCCUUUACUGGACAUUACACACUGCGUCCACAGUCACACCCAUUGAUCAGUGUUUUUAGUUGAGAAAACGCAUAGCAGAUCCAACCUGAAGUAGAUAUAAUUUACCAGAACAUGUAGCAUUUUUCAACCUCCCACUUCAACAUUUCCCACCAUGACACAGCGAUCCACUGGGUGCCAUAUUCUGCGUUCCAAGAUACCAGAUUUCUGUGGCACGACUCAUCCCAGGGCCAUCCCAAUGCCAGUUUCUAAACUCUCUAUGCCAAACUAAGAAAAAAAAACUUUAUUUUUUAAAACCAAAGCAAUUGUUAUUGUUGUUAUUAUUACUAUAAGUAGUAGGUGAGCUAGUAUACAAUAUAAAGUAUGGAUAUGUAGCAGAGUCAAUGACUUAGAUGUAAUGCAAAAAAUGAAGAUACAUUCUACACACAUGAGCUGAGAAUGGUAGGCCAGACACAUAAACAUACCUGGGCAACAGGCUUAAAUAUUCACAUAAUGGCUAUUAUGUGAGGUAGCAACACUGCUAUUCUUAUAAUUUUCAUAGGGCAGAGUUUAUAUAUAGAUAUACAUAUAUAUAUAAAUAGAUAUAAUACUUAUUUGUGUUAACGUAUGUAUCGGUUGCAUUCUGCAUGUUUGCUUGCAACCCUUUGUAGAGACAUUUAAAAGAGCUUAAAUCCUUUUAUUUAGCUUGCCUUGACCAAUGUAACAGGAGUAUAGUGCCACUUGAUUUUGCAGUCCGUCCUGAGAAAAGAGCAUGGCGCUGAGUUGGGGAGAAGGAUUGGGGCUUUGGUGACAGGGAGAGCAUGCUUUCGUCGCCACCUGCAGAAGAAGAGAACAAACUGGUCAGCCAGCUACCCAUUCGCUGAUUUCUGAUCUUGCCUUCAUCUUUAGAGUUAAGAGGGCUGUUGUACCGCACAGGGCACUCAGCAACGAGGCUUUGUGGGAAAUGUGUCCAGCUCUGUGUGUCUGGGGUUCUUGUGUUGCACAUCCAGUGGGUGCCACGGUCUCACUCUCUGUCCGUAUACCAGCACCCAGACUUGUUUGAACUUCCUGUCGAUUUUCCCCAUUUUGAUGUCAUCUGUUUUUGUCACGCUCUUCCUCGUUCAUGAUGGAGGGAGGAAAGUGUCAAGCGUGCCUCUGUCGCCCUCUCCACGUCUGGUCAGGUCUCAGCCAAACACGCACACAGCCGGUACCAACCACAACCCUCCUACUUUCUCUUUGGUCACUCUUCUCUGUCACACUGACUGUAAUUAAACCUGUUGUCAAUGUGUUCAAGUUUUUCUUUUUGAUAUCUGACUAUUUAUGCCAGUAUUACUUUGCUCGCAGGGUGAUAGUUAACCUGCCAUGUAUAGUUGUUUUACUUCUUUCAGGUGCAAUAUGUUACUCUAUUUCCUUUCAGGCAGCGUAUUUAUAUUUAAGAUGGCACUUUAAUGUAAAAUAUGUAUUAUGUUUGAAUUACAAACAAAGAAGUGGUUAACCACCUGUUUAUUUAUUUAGAUUUUAUUUGGUCACGCUGCAGUGUUCACCUCUGAAUCUUUGAAUUGAAUGCCAGCACGGAAAUGUAACUGGAGUGUAUUUUGAAAAUCAGUGUAAAGGCCCACUCAGGCAGCUGGAACAGGUCAGUUUGGCCUCAGAUUUUAGACUUUAACCUCAUAUGUUUGCAAAAAACGUCAUCACUGGGUUAUUCAAAAACAGUAGGUAUAUUUACAUAUAUUACAUCUUAAAAAAUGUUUGUCUUUAAAGAUGAAAGACAUGGGUCCCAAAAUUUACCAGAUGUUUUUAGUUUAUGCCUUUAGCUUUCUCACCUAACCCCGCCAGCAACCAACCCCACUUUGUUCUAAUUAUUUGAAGAAUUUUAUUUGCAUUUGAACACGCAAACAAGGUGAUAGUGACCUGUCUUCACUGAUGGCAGAGGAGCAGCAGGGCAAACUGAGCGACAUGUGUUUGCUUUUUUCUUUAAGAUGAAGAUGUCAUCUUUCACCUUCUGUGUUUUGAAUCUGUCGGUCUUGAGACCAGCACCAAACUUUGUGUAUGUAUAAUGACACUAAAGACUGUCGUAUUUUAGUAGUGCAAGAGUGUAAAAGCUUGUGCGUGUUUAUGAGCUCACAUUUGUUUUAUCGCCACCGUAUGUUAUCAUCUGCUAAGAACUGUGUAGCUUAUUCCUCUCUUCAUCUAUCCACAAAAAGGGAAACUCUGAGGCACUUUUGUCUUCUUGGCACCUCAGACCAUUUUAACACUCGUUGAACUUAGGAUAAAGGGAUCUCUGGCAUUCUUGAAUUUUUGGGAGGAGUAUAAUUGGUGGUAUGAUGGUGUUUUUUUUGACCCUCCCAUCAUGUAUACAAUCCUUUUUAGAAGAACCACCAAGGUCUGGGUUCCAAUUUCUUUCUACAUUUUGGAACUAUUCCUUGCUCGAUCUGUAACCGUAUGGUCAUGUAUAUGAAGUAAUUUUAUGUACCUUUAUUAAUUUUCUAUCUGUCUAUUUUUGUGGACAGCUGGCAUGAUGUUGGUAUUUGCACACAUUCUCUUCAGUGUGCGCCUUUUGUGAAGACAAAAAAAAGCUUGGUUGACGGGAGAGAAAUUAAAUGGAAAGAAAAAUUGAAAGAAAGGUUGAAUAUUGAGAAAUGGCUUGUAUGACUUCCCUGCUGAAUGUUUAGUCCUUGGUAAACUCCUAAUGUUAAUAUGUUUCCAUGUGAUUACCAAUUUUUGGAGCUAAUGUGAGACUGUAUCUGUCCCUUUGCUGUGUAUUGAGUAGCCCUAAACAUUCUAAUGAAAGCAGAGACAGAGACAGUGCCAUGAGAAGUAAAAAUGAUCCUAUAACAAGUUUUUAUUGUUGUUUAUUGAGAGCAGAUAGCAGUUGACAAAUUUAGAUUUUUUGAAGGACAGCUCAAAUAUUGCCUUUCUUCAAAACGUAGUGAGGGUGUAUGUAUUUUAAUGAGGUGCAUUCUUGUCUAGGAGAGGCACGGCAGCAAAAUGUGAGUGAGAGAGAUUUAAAUGUAUAGAUAUUUAUUUACAAAGCCACUUGUUUACAAAGCCACUUGUUACUCAAGUUGUACUUCACAGUGAAGAGAAUUUAAGGAUCAGUGUCUUCAGAUAUGAACAGUAACACCUUUUUCCCUCUACAUGACAUUUACCAUAGAUUAGAAAGAAUUUAUUGAAGUCUUGCAUUGUCUCAUCACAUGGCCAUUUUUUUUUUUUGACACCGACCCUACCGUUUUCAGUGAGUUGAAAAAGAUGAGAUGUUGAAGCCUCACAAACAGCAGGGGCAGAGUUACAGCAGGUUUUCAGAGAGUUUUUAUGGUUGUGUGAAGCUUAGCGAUGCUUAGACUUUUGUCAUUGUAAAAGGUAGAUGCAUGCAAGGGGAUCGCUAAAUUGUUGGAUUUAUCAAAGUAUCAAUUAAAGACACAGCACGGAGCAUGUAGAGCUUGGGAAACAGUGUUUCAGAGUGGUGAAGAUAGUAUUAGCUCGAGUUAGACAGUAUCUCAACGUGGCUCAGCUGAGUUUUGAAUGUAAAGGCAGUGCUGCACUUGCUCGCUUCCCUGUGAAAUUCCACAUUGAGCGUUCCCAAACUCACUUUUAUUGUGUGAAAAACUUUUAUAAUGUAUCGUCAAUCAACCUGAAUCCGAAGCGUCUUUUGAGUGCUAUGUUGAAGAUGUAUUUUAUUUUUGUAAGGAGAGACUGUUGUUCUGAGAAGGAGAAGAAAGAGUUAGAGAGGCGGCGUGGGCAAAACCCACCUUUAGAUUUUCGCGAAAAUGAGGGCUUGUUCUGUUAACAAUGGCCUUAUUUUGUGUAGGGGACAUUGCUUCACUAUUGUAGCACACAACUGAAAGUUUUGACAAACGUAUUUUGCUUGAAAUAUUGUACCGAAGUUAUAUAUGUGUAUAUUUAUAGUUUUAUGAAUGUAUUUCUUAAUCCUUACACCAGAGCCAGAGUAUAAUUCUUUGUCAUCUUGUUUGCUAUACUGUCUCUUUGAAGACUUUCCAGGGACCUCGCCUGCACUGGUUCAGGCAGCCCCUACGUUUACUGUACUGUAUAUCUUGUUUCUGUGUGUGUGUUCCUUUAAAAGAGCAGCUCUGCGGUUAAAAUGAGCAUGAACUCUGUCCGGCGAAAUGCAUUUUGAUUUAUUUAAUUCGCCACGAUGGGUUUCAAACAGAAAGGAUUGCCCCUCCCCGAUUAACUUAUUGAUUUAUCUAUCAAGCUAAUGGAAUUGUUAUGAUUUUUGUAUUUUGAACUAGAAAAUGUUUGCCGCAUGGUUACUCUGAUGAUUUUCUUGUAUUUAAUCUUUAUGAUGGUACUCUUAGGAUGAUAAUAAUUGUGAUAAUGGUGACAAGUGAUGAGGAAGUCAAUUAGACCCAGUACAAUAUCAAAGGGAAUUCAUAGAGAGGCAAAUGAAUUGUCAAAAAUGCUGUAUCUUAAAGUAGCAUGGACUUAGCCUUCCAGUUUCCGAUAUACUUCUGGCAAUAACCAUAGACUGUUGCGGGGCCUUCACUUUUGGCCUUGGCCUCUUCUACUCAUUACAAUUGGGUCAUGGCAACCUCAGGCUCAAUCUGUAUCAGCUGACCAUGAUGACAAAUAGAAGUCGAAUCACUUUUUCAAGCACUAGAAGCAAUUUUGACUCAACAGAGGAUGCAAUGCAUUUUGAAUAACUGCUUUUUUAUGAUAGCCCCCAUGAGCAACACAGAGUUUUGUUUUAUUUUCAUUUUCUAAUGACGCAUGCAUUCCAUAUGUCUGUUUGCCAAAGUAGCAGCUGUCAACGAGUUUUUGCUGCUGAAUAUGCCAGUUUGUCUUCAUCCACGUAUAUAAAUGUUUGUAAUCACAGCACAAGUUUCCUGAGUAGCCAUUCUGUCCUUUUAGCUGUCUGUCAGACUAUAUUAAGGCCACUGUAGCUCCCCUCCCCACUGUCAAGACAACCUUCAUCUUGUCAAGCCCAGCAAAGCACAAACUUCACGAAUACAAACUGAACUAAUGUCUUAUUUUGGUACCUCAAAAUAAAGUACGUCUUUAUGGGUAAGAUUCUGAUUAUAUUAAAUGACAUUCCCAAGCACAUAUGGCAGAUUGACAUCUUGGAAUCAAAUGUAAACACGGAUGGGAGCAUCAAAACAUGCAGCCCAGGUAAAUUGGAUUGCUGGUGUUGGUAGAUAAGUUGCUGUCUUUCCUCAACCGGCCUUAACCUUUCCACCGAGGAGUGUUCACAGAGUACGUUUUAAAGGGCAAAGCAUGGCAGACCGUUUGAUGAAAGGAAAGCGGUAUAUGGCAAAGAAGAAAAAGGGAGCUGUAAUUUUAUACCUGUGCUUUGUAAAUGUUUUCUAUGUGCAGUAUUUGAUAAUGUAAAACUGGUAUUUUUGUGGUUUGUACGCUGCAGAAUUGAUUACUUAAGGUGCACGUAGUUUUGUAAGAAAAUAGAACCAAACUGAGGAAAAAAACUGUUUGGGAUUCAGAAGCCUGUAUUUGCAUGCCCUUGGACAUCUGGACGCAAAGUCAAUAAAGUUUAUUUGAAUCACAAA